AUGAGCCAAGCCAUGUUCGAUCCACCAUCAUUUAAUCAGAAUAGUUGUACGAGCUACAACGAAUGGACAAUCUGGUUUGAUACAUCUGAUCCAAAUUUGUCGCAAGGUGAAUUCGAAGUGACCAAUCAUAUUCAACGACUAUUUCCAAGUUUCAUGUGUCCUGAUCCGAUUGCCAUCGAAGUUCGAACACUAGUUGAUGGUGAUCCAACAAAAACCGGUGAUAUCUUUCGUCUCACCAAAGCGGACGGUUUCUUGUGUUUGAAUCAACAAGUCGUCAAUUACAAAACAAAACUGUGCACCGAUUACAAGGUUCGCUAUUGCUGUCCCAAAACCAGCAUUGGACAACCAAUGACGACGACAAUGCCACCAGUAAUUACUAUGACAAAUCCGACGACGACAAGCACUUGUGGUCGUCAAGUAGUUACUCCAUCAUAUCAACGCAUUGUUGGUGGUGUCGAAGCCAUUGCUCAUUCGUGGCCGUGGAUUGUUUCUUUGCAAUCAGACGAUCAUUUCUGUGGUGAAUAUGAAAAUACUGAAUUAAAACAAGAAAAAGAUAUUAUUGAACGUAAACGACUUGAUUUUAUGCAUCAAUUACAAACAGUUUCUAAACAACAAUUACACGAAGAUACAUCAUCAUUAUAUCCACGAUAA